AUGUGCCCAUAUAAGGAAUGCUUUGGUACAUACAAGGAAUGUGAUGCUAGUAUUGUUUUCAUGGGUAAUGAUUCAAGCUCUAAAGUAAUUGAGAUUGGUCCCAUAAAAGUGAGGAUGUUUGAUGGUGUUGUAAAGGCAUUGAUUUUUUGUUUACUGUGUAACCAGAUCAAUCUAGGCGAUACAUUAAUUGUUUUUGAUGAUUUAUCAUCUCAUAUCCAGAAAUGUAAGGCUGUAGCAGAUGUGUAUAUAGUUGCUCACUUGGUUUUCUGUCUUCAGGCGGCUUACACUGUUGGGGGGCAUUCUUUCAGUGCAGCUGCUAUUGAGUAUGUGAUUCUGAAGAUGAAACCACCUGUCCAUCGGCCACAAAUUGCUUUGCUACUUGCCCUUCACAAACUGAAGGUGUCAGAGGAGCUACGGAAGUCUGGAAUUGAUGCAUGUGAACCUCUUGUAGCUUUCGCUUUCAGCUGUGGUAUGUAUUCGUCACCAGCAAUAAGGAUCUACACAGCAAAGAAAGUGAGGGAGGAGCUUCAGGAAGCUCAGCGCGAUUUUAUUGGGGCCUCAGUGGGGUUGAGCAGCAAAGGGAGGUUAUUGGUGCCAAAGAUGCUGCACUGCUUUGCUAAAGGCUUUGUGGACGAUGCAAAACUGGCAUUACCUUCCCCUCACCAGGCUGCCUUUGUUGAGCAGUGCAUUUCACAGAGGCGACAAAGCCUUCUUUGUUCACGCAACUGUGGGAUUCUUCCCUUCGAUUCUCACUUCUGUUACUUGUUCCUGCCUGGCCAACUUUCACUCUAAUGGUGCUUGUUUUAUACUAAAUAUGCAGCCUUAGGCCAAUUUCCACCUUGGAAAUGACUUGAGGAUGGUGGCAGUUUUGGUGUUUUUGCCUUGUAGACAAGUUGUAUCCCUGUUGGGUGUUGUAUAUGUCUUUGAUGAACAGCAGGAGCUCAAGUAUGGGGCUCACUGCAGGUAACUGACAUGUACUAGCUUCAUUUAACAAAUUGUUAAUAAAGAAUGAAUGACGAUUUGUUCUAUUG